AUGUAUAGAUACACGAUCACCCUAUGCUCUCNACCAAUUCGCUCUGUGGUAUGGCCCACACCCGCUGAUUCUGUGUCCGAAACUCCUGAUAGACACUCCUCUGGACAUCAAUCCGAUGCUUCACCCUCGGGAAAGAGAGGCAGCAGUGGAGGAAGUAGUAGUAAUAAUCAGGCGGCGGUGGAUGCGUUGGCAGCGGGGAUGAGUGGGUUGAAUUUUGAGGAGACUGGGGAUGACGAUGGUUUUGAGUUUGGCAAGGGUGGUUUUACGGAGCAUGCUUGUAGAUAUUGUGGGGUGACGAAUCCGGCUUGUGUGGUCAGGUGUAAUGUGCCUUCAUGUCGGAAGUGGUUUUGUAAUUCGCGGGGGAACACGUCCGGGUCGCACAUCGUGAAUCAUUUGGUGCGUGCUAAACACAAGGAAGUGUGUCUUCAUAAAGAUAGUCCCCUGGGAGAAACAAUCCUCGAAUGUUACAAUUGUGGAUGCCGAAAUGUGUUCCUUCUUGGGUUCAUAUCUGCCAAGGCAGAGAGUGUUGUUGUCCUUCUUUGCAGGGAACCUUGUCUAAGUGUUAAUGCCUUGAAGGACAUGAAUUGGGACUUGAGUCAGUGGUGUCCCCUUAUAGAUGAUAGAUGCUUCUUGCAGUGGCUUGUCAAGGUCCCAUCUGAACAGGAGCAGUUGAGGGCACGCCAGAUCAGUGCUCAACAAAUUAAUAAAGUUGAAGAACUUUGGAAGACAAAUCCUGACGCUACCUUGGAGGAUCUCGAGAAGCCUGGUGUUGAUGAUGAACCUCAGUCUGUAGCUGUGAAGUAUGAAGAUGCAUAUCAGUAUCAAAAUGUAUUUGCCCCCCUGAUAAAGCUUGAAGCUGACUACGACAAGAUGAUGAAAGAAUCUCAAAGCAAGGACAACAUGACAAUCCGAUGGGAUAUUGGUCUCAACAAGAAGCGUAUUGCAUAUUUUGUUUUUCCCAAGGAAGAUAAUGAGUUGCGUCUUGUUCCUGGUGAUGAGUUGCGGUUGCGUUAUCCAGGAGAUGCAGUUCAUCCAGCUUGGCAUUCAGUGGGACAUGUGGUAAAACUUACUGCACAAGAGGAGGUUGCACUUGAACUUCGCGCUGGUCAGGGUGUACCAGUUGAUCUGAACCAUGGUUUUAGUGUUGAUUUUGUUUGGAAGAGUACAAGUUUUGAUCGGAUGCAAGGGGCAAUGAAAACAUAUGCUGUUGAUGAAACAAGUGUUAGCGGAUAUAUUUACCAUCACUUGUUAGGCCAUGAAGUUGAGGUUCAGAUGGUCCGUAAUACUCUUCCUCGUCGUUUUGGUGCACCAGGCCUUCCAGAGCUUAAUGCAUCCCAAGUUUUUGCUGUAAAAAGUGUUCUACAGAAGCCAAUAAGUCUGAUUCAAGGUCCACCUGGUACUGGGAAAACUGUCACGUCUGCGGCAAUUGUAUACCAUAUGGCCAAACAAGGACAAGGGCAGGUUUUGGUCUGUGCUCCAAGUAAUGUGGCUGUUGACCAACUAGCUGAGAAGAUAAGUGCCACUGGCUUAAAGGUUGUUAGACUCUGUGCGAAGUCCAGGGAAGCUGUUAGUUCUCCUAUUGAACACUUAACUCUUCACUAUCAGGUUCGACAUCUAGACACAUCAGAGAAGAGUGAACUUCACAAGUUACAGCAACUGAAAGAUGAACAAGGAGAAUUGUCGAGCAGUGAUGAGAAAAAAUAUAAAGCAUUGAAGAGGGCAACAGAGAGGGAGAUUUGUCAGAGUGCUGAUGUUAUUUGUUGCACAUGUGUUGGUGCUGGAGAUCCUCGAUUGGCAAAUUUUAGAUUUCGCCAGGUGCUCAUUGAUGAGUCUACUCAAGCAACUGAGCCUGAGUGUCUUAUUCCAUUGGUUCUUGGUGUGAAGCAGGUUGUGCUUGUUGGUGACCAUUGCCAGCUUGGUCCUGUCAUUAUGUGCAAGAAAGCAGCCCGUGCUGGGCUAGCCCAGUCUCUGUUUGAACGCCUUGUGCUGCUUGGAGUGAAACCAAUUAGAUUACAGAAUAACCAUCUUUUCCCUAAUCUCUUAAGUUUUACAGGAGAAUUGUCGAGCAGUGAUGAGAAAAAAUAUAAAGCAUUGAAGAGGGCAACAGAGAGGGAGAUUUGUCAGAGUGCUGAUGUUAUUUGUUGCACAUGUGUUGGUGCUGGAGAUCCUCGAUUGGCAAAUUUUAGAUUUCGCCAGGUGCUCAUUGAUGAGUCUACUCAAGCAACUGAGCCUGAGUGUCUUAUUCCAUUGGUUCUUGGUGUGAAGCAGGUUGUGCUUGUUGGUGACCAUUGCCAGCUUGGUCCUGUCAUUAUGUGCAAGAAAGCAGCCCGUGCUGGGCUAGCCCAGUCUCUGUUUGAACGCCUUGUGCUGCUUGGAGUGAAACCAAUUAGAUUACAGGUUCAAUAUCGCAUGCAUCCAUCGCUUUCAGAAUUCCCUUCAAACAGCUUUUACGAAGGCACUCUUCAAAAUGGAGUAACCAUCAAUGAAAGGCAAUCGCCAGGCAUUGAUUUUCCUUGGCCCGUGCCAAACCGUCCCAUGUUCUUCUAUGUCCAGAUGGGACAAGAAGAAAUAAGUGCCAGUGGAACAUCCUAUUUGAAUAGGACUGAGGCUGCAAAUGUUGAAAAAAUUGUGACUACUUUCUUAAGGAGUGGAGUAGUCCCUAGUCAGAUAGGGGUGAUAACACCAUAUGAAGGCCAGCGGGCAUACAUUGUUAACUAUAUGUCGAGAAAUGGUGCAUUAAGGCAGCAACUUUACAAGGAAAUUGAGGUUGCAAGUGUAGAUUCAUUCCAAGGAAGGGAGAAGGAUUACAUUAUUUUAUCUUGUGUGAGGAGUAACGAGCAUCAGGGUAUUGGAUUCCUGAAUGAUCCACGCAGGCUUAAUGUUGCACUCACACGUGCCCGUUAUGGUAUUGUCAUUCUGGGGAAUCCUAAAGUUCUCAGCAAACAGCCAUUGUGGAACGGCUUAUUGACACACUACAAGGAGCAUGAAUGCUUGGUGGAAGGACCUCUUAAUAACUUAAAGCAGAGUAUGGUUCAAUUUCAGAAGCCCAAAAAGAUUUACAAUGAUCGCAGGCUUUUCUUUGGCGGUGGACCAGGAAUAGUUCCUAAUGAUACUUUUGGGUCUGUUGCCUCCUCAAGCCCAAAUCCUGAUAGGAGGAGCAGUCGUUCUAGGGGUUCUUUCAUGCCACCAGGGCCACCCAAUGGUACACCUAAACCUGGACUGCAUCCCGCUGGUUAUCCAAUGCCUCGGGUUCCCCUUUCACCUUAUCAUGGUGGCCCUCCUUCUCAGCCUUAUGCUAUUCCUACACGUGCUGUGCUUGGACCUGUUGGAGCUGUACCACAUGUUCCUCAGCCUGGAAGCCGGGGUUUUGGGGCAGGGCGUGGGAAUGUGAGUACUCCUAUUGGCAGUCAUCUUGUACACCAGCAAAGCUCCCAGCAACCCGUUGGAAGUCUUGGGUCUAACUUCAACUAUCCAGCUUUGGAGAAUCCAAAUAGCCAGCCAUCUGUGGGUGGACCAUUAUCUCAACCUGGAUAUGUUUCUAAUAUGACAGUUCAAGGUCCAAGUCAAACAUUUCGUGAUGGGUUCUCUAUUGGUGGAAUGUCACAGGAUUUUUUGGGUGAUGAUUUCAAAAGUCAGGGCUCGCACGUUCCAUAUAACGUUACUGACUUCUCCACACAGGCAUCUCAAAGUGGAUAUGCUGUUGAUUAUGUUACUCAGGGGGCACAAGGUGGUUUCCCUGGAAGCUUCCUAAGCCAUAAUUCUCAAGCUGGAUAUUCUCGCUUUGGUGCAGGAAAUGAUUUCAUGUCUCAGGACUACAUGGCUCAUGGUUCACAAGGUUUGUUUACGCAGGUUGGAUUUAAUGAUCCAUCACAAGAUGAUGCUUCACAAAGCCACUUUGGUGUGGCCAAUGCCAAUCAACUUCAGUCUCAGGGUUUGUUGAAUCCUCUCUACUCCCAGCCCUUUGCCCACUACAACACACAGCCAUUAAACAUGCAGGAUCCACAGCAGCAAGCCCAGCAGGUACAGGCCUCUCAAAAUCAGAAACUCCACUACAAUGGUUGAGGGAUUUUGAGACUUGUGUGUGAAUUGGGUUGUAGCCUUUGCAUCCAGCAAUUUG